AUGACUCACUUCACAACUAACAGCAACAAUGCAACCAACUCCUGCAGAGCCAACAAAACAAACAAACAAAUCAAGAAGCGUUUUCUUUCUUUUCCAUCGCCAUUACCACGGAAUCCUAGCCCGCCGACAGCACCAUCCCCCCCCUCAUCACUCAAGCUGCAUCUCGAUUCACCAUUUGCUGUUUCCGCAUCGAUCGAACAUGCCUACAGUCUCAGCUUCAACGCUAUCUCCAUUCUUCCUUUCUUCUUUCUAGCCUUUCCUUCCUUUCUUCUUUCUAUCCUUUCCUUCCUUUCUUAUAUUCUCGACAUUUUGUCGGCCACUCUUUUUUUUUUAGUUCUUUUUAUUAUCUCUCUUCCUAUUUCUGUUUCAUUCUUUCUCUUCCCUUUCUUCUUCGUUUAUUUUUUUUUUUCCUUUUUUAUCCAGCUUUUCUCCCUCUUUAAUCUUUUUUCACUUUUUUUCUCAUCCUUUCUUUCCCCUCUUCUUGCUACUGCUUCUCUCCUACUUUUUUCUUACUCUCUCUCUCUCUCUCUCUUUCUCUCUCUCUCUCACACACACACACACACACACCCGUUAACCUUUCCUCCUAAUCUCUCUCUCUCUCACUUUCUCCCUUACUCACAUUUUCUUCAUCUCCCUGUCACUUUAUCUAUCUAUCUAUCUAUCUAUCUAUCACAUAUACUUUUAACCCGUCUUUUUUUGUUUCAUUGUUUCUUCCUCUGUUUUAUGGCACAAUUUUCUCACUCUCACUCUCAUCUCCCCUCUAUUUAUCCAGCUCAAGUGUUUAAACUUUAUAUCUUCUCUUUCUUUCUCUCUCUCUUUCUUUCUUUUUCUCUGUGUCUUCCUUCUCUCAAUAUUCUUACUUCUCUGAUGAUCACUAAACUACUUGCUAUCUCUCACCCCUCUCUCAUUCUCUGUUCCAUUCUUGCCUCCCAUAUUAUCAGUAUUCUACUGGCUACCUCCGCUCUACUUUCACUUUUAACCCUUUCUCUGUCUAUUCAUACAUCUUUAAUAAUCACCCUGCUAGAAAUGUCUUUCUUCCUCUCUUUUCCUCUCUUUUCCUCUCUUUUCCCUCUCUCUAUCACUAUCUGUCCUUCUUUUAUUUCCUCUCUAGUUAUUAUAUUUAAUGACAAGCACAAAUAG